AUUUGAGAAGCUCUGGCGUGAAGUUAGUUAAUUCAGUGACGUUGGAUCGGUGAUUUGGCGAUGAAAAGUUUUUGAUCAUUUUUCCGUGGAAAAUCUCAGUAAAACUGUGCAGUGAAGUGAUCCAGGAUGAAUUACAAUGCCAACGCCAAUGCCCGGCAGCGUAAGUUUGAAAAUUCCAGUGGAGUCCGGAAGCCCAAGAGGGUGAGUGACACAAAUGCCAUUGGUCCUACCGCCCCUGCAGCAGGCCCCCAGUUCAUGUCAACACCCCAGCAGCAGCCAUUUGGAGUGGCACCAGGAGGUGGAAAUAUGUCUAAUUACGGUCCAGCCCAGGGAAUGCCUCAAAAUCCCUCGCCACAGCAAUAUCCCAUCCCACAGAAUUACGGAUUCGAUCCCAACGUAACGCCAAGCAAUUUUUCUCAGUAUCCUGGGAAUUAUGUGCAGAAUCAGCAGAUGCCUCAGCCUCAGCAGGCUCAAUUUGCUGGAGGUGCACCUCAAGGAGGCCCACCGGGAGGUUUCCCAGGGCAGUUUUCUGUGCUGCAGCAGCCAAUUGUCCAGGACAUGGCUAUGCAAUAUGGCCAGAGAUUGGCGGAUCAGGGUAAGGAGCUGGUCAAUAGGGAAUUCGAGAAGUACAUUCCCGUGACUCGGCUAAAGUAUUACUUUGCCGUGGACAACAAGUACGUCAUCAACAAGAUGAGGCUACUCUUCUUCCCUUUCACUCAUACUGACUGGUCCCUGAAGUACGAUCAGGAUAAUCCUGUUCAGCCCAGAUAUGACAUCAAUGCUCCAGACCUCUAUAUCCCAACAAUGGCGUACAUCACGUACGUGGUCUUAGCUGGACUUGUCCUCGGGAUGCAGGACCGCUUCUCACCUGAACAAUUGGGGAUCUUAGCGUCGAGUGCACUAGCCUACAGUCUCUUUGAGCUAAUCAUCUAUUCUGUGACUCUCUACGUGGCCAAUAUCUCAACAUCUCUCAAGACACUCGACUUGCUGGCAUUUUCCGGUUACAAAUACAGCAUUAUCAAUUUCUGCUUGCUCGUGAGCAUCAUCUUCAGCAAGUCAGGAUACUACGUGGCUCUGGCCUAUAGCAGUUUUUCAUUAGCCUUCUUCUUGUUGCGCAAUAUCAAGGCCAAGGUGCUGUCCAACACACAGACUGCUCCAGUGACUGGGGGCUAUGAUCCGUAUGGGAAUCAGCAGCAAUUCGACCAGACCAUGGGCCACAAAAGGAAACUCUAUUUUCUUCUUCUGAUUGCUGCUCUUCAGCCACUUUUAUCUUUCUGGCUGUCGUGGCAUCUCAUACCAAGCUCCAGUACAGUUGUAUAGGAGUAAAAGGGUCAAAUCAAGAGAGAUCAUGCAUGGGAUUCACUACUUAUCGGAUGAUAACCCCUUUUUCACUCACACACAUCUUGUGUCUUUUUAUUACCCCUUCAUUCUAACAUUCAGUUGAGGAAAUAUAACUAUAAAAUAGUGAGAA